CGCGAAUAUCCACACGUGAUUUAAAGCGCAUUUGUUUGGCGGGAAGAGUGUGAUCAGUGGACAAAGCUGUAUAUCGCAAAAGGAACCCAGUCUUAUCGUAGCUGUGAACCAUGUCAUCACCGACAACUCCUCGCAGCACGCGCAGUAAGCGUGGUCGUGACUCUGAGGCAAGCAGUCCAGCCUCCAGCAAAUCUGCAACUCCCUCUAGGAGGAGCGCCAGAGGAACUGGCAGCAAUCCAACUACACCCUCUCGUCGAAGUACACGAGGCACCCCUGCUAAAGAGGACAUCGUCAGUUCUCCGCCCUCUCAGCGGCGCAGAGUGGACACUUCACCACUGGCGCAGAUGCCCACCUCGCCACCUACAGGGGCACCCAAAGAUUUGGACACUUCACUGUUCUCAAGUCCAGGUGCUUCUAAUAAAGGAGCAACAGGAACCAGUGACAUUGACUUGAGUUCUCCCCUCAAUUAUGGAACCCCCAGCUCCAGGGGCACACCCAGAACCCCGGGGGGUGGAGGGACCCCCAUCAGACCCCGUUCUGACAUCAGAAGUGACAGAAAGCUUCGAACAGUGCCUGUUGGAUCUGAUAAUUUGGAUGCAUCAAAAGCCACCAGUGAGGUGUCAUCUGAGGUGAACGCGGGUCCACAACUGGUCAUCUGGGGGACAGACGUGGUGGUCAGCCACUGCAAGGAGAAGUUCGCGCAGUUUGUCCAGAGGUUUAUCGACCACGAGGUGGCUGAAGAUGAAAGGAUGGAAGGGAUGGAUAUCGAGGAGCCGUAUUACCUGCAGAAACUGGAGGAGAUUUCCCUGAUUGGAGAACCAUACCUGAACUUCAACUGCGAGCACCUGCGCCAGUUUGACCCUGACCUUUACCGCCAGCUGGUCUGCUACCCCCAGGAGGUCAUCCCGACCUUUGACAUGGCCGUCAACGAGCUGUUCUUCAGUCGCCACCAAGAUGUUCAGUUGCCUCAUCAGAUCCAAGUGAGACCAUACAACUGUGAGAGGACUAAGAAUAUGAGGUCGUUAAAUCCGGAAGAUAUUGACCAACUGAUCACCAUCAGUGGAAUGGUCAUCAGGACCUCCACCCUGAUGCCAGAAAUGCGUGAGGCCUUUUUCAAGUGCUAUGUCUGCCAGAACACGGUUUCCGUGGAGAUAGACCGAGGACGUAUUGCUGAGCCCACUCUGUGCCAGAACUGUAACACAAACCACUCCUUUGGUCUGGUCCACAACAGGUCUCAAUUCACUGAUAAACAGCAGGUGAAACUGCAGGAGUCCCCAGAGGACAUGCCCCCCGGCCAGACCCCCCACACGGUCAGUGUCUACGCCCACAGCGACCUGGUGGACAAGGUGUCACCUGGAGACAGGAUUACCAUUACUGGGAUCUACAGGGCCACCCCCCUCAGAGCCAACCCUCGGCAGAGCAACGUGAAGUCUGUCUACAGAACACACAUCGAUGUCGUCCACUACCGCAAGAUGGAUGUCCACAGACUGAGACAAGAAUCCAAUGAGGAAGAAGAGAAUGUUGUUCGUUACACUGAAGAGAGAGUGAAGGAGUUGCAAGAGUUGUCCAAGAAACCAGACAUCUAUGAACGACUGGCACAUGCCAUUGCACCAAGUAUUUAUGAAAAUGAAGACAUCAAGAAAGGCAUACUUCUGCAGCUGUUUGGAGGAACAAGGAAAGACUUCACAAAUUCUGGCCGAGGAAAGUUCAGGUCGGAGCUGAAUGUCCUGCUGUGUGGAGACCCAGGGACCAGUAAGUCCCAGCUCCUCCAAUAUGUCCACAACCUGGUUCCGCGGGGCACCUAUACCUCUGGCAAGGGAUCCAGUGCCGUGGGGCUCACAGCUUACAUCACCAAGGACCCCGAGACCAAUCAGCUAGUACUGCAGACUGGAGCACUUGUUCUUAGUGACAAUGGCGUUUGUUGUAUUGAUGAGUUUGACAAAAUGAAUGAUAGCACAAGAUCUGUUCUGCAUGAAGUCAUGGAACAGCAGACGCUCUCCAUAGCGAAAGCAGGCAUCAUAUGUUCUCUGAAUGCUCGAACUUCUGUCCUGGCGGCAGCCAAUCCCGUGGAAUCCCAGUGGAACAAGAAUAAGACCAUCAUAGAGAACAUCAUGCUGCCACAUACAUUGCUGUCUAGGUUUGACCUUAUUUUUCUCAUCCUUGACCCCCAGGACGAAUUGUUUGAUCGUCGUCUUGCCAACCACUUGGUGUCUCUGUACUAUCAGUCUGCUGAACAACAGGAAGAGGAGUUCAUUCAAAUGAGUCUCCUGCGUGACUACCUCUCCUAUGCCAAGCAGUACAUUCAUCCUACCAUCAGCGAGGACGCUGGACAAGCCUUCAUCCAGGCAUACGUGGACAUGCGCAAAAUAGGUAGCGGACGCGGCCAGGUAUCUGCAUACCCUCGCCAGCUGGAGUCGCUGAUACGCCUGGCGGAGGCGCAUGCACGCAUGAGGUUCAGUCAGGUGGUGGAGGUGUCAGAUGUGGAGGAGGCAAGAAGACUACACAGGGAAGCCCUGAAACAGGCUGCUGUAGACCCCUCCACAGGAAAGAUAGAUAUCUCCAUCCUAACGACAGGCAUCAGUGGGGCUGCCCGCAAACGACGUGCAGAGCUUGCACAGACUGUCAAGAAGUUGAUCCAGGAGAAAGGCAAAGUGCCCACGUUGAAGUAUAGCAAGAUGUUUGAUGAAACACGAGAGAGAUCAGAUGCACUCAUAACCAAAGAAAUGUUCAACGAGGCCUUGCAAGAUCUCCAGGAUGACAGCUACAUUCUGCGGACAGGCAACGUCAUCAGAAUUUUGGAAUAAGAAAGAAUUGUGGUACUUAACAAAAAACUAAUGAGCAAAGAAGUAAUUAGGAACUGUACAAAUUUCAGGGAAUAGAAUUCCUUUCAGUUUUACUGUUUCCUGUAAUUUAGAUUCAACUUAUGGUAUAUUUUUGUCAUUUUCCUGUUUUAAAACUUGAAAUUUUCUGAUGGAAUUUUUUAAGCCAUAUUUGUAACAUAAUCAUUAAACAUGAUGGUAAAUUAUUAUAGCCAGACUGGUCUGCUCUGUGUUGCUGUGUCUUGUAUAUAUAGCUUAUUUUGCAAUAUGUUAUUCCAAUUUGCCAUAAGAUUCAAUUAUAUUUUAAACAGUUGCAUCAGUUGUUUAAAGGAAACAAGUUACAUGACUCUUUUGACAGUGUUCUCGGGCUGUUAUAUCAUUAUGGUAAUGUUAUAAAGAAGAUUUCUGUGAGUGAUAUGUGUUUAUGUUUGAACGAGCUCUUCUAACUGCCAAUAACAUGUUGAAUUUAUAGUGCUUUGUGAACCUUAUAAUGUUUCUCUAAUGUACAUAUACAAGGCAUUUGAUAUUACUGUUAAAUAUUGAAACGUGUAUUUAUGGACUGGCUUGAUGGCUCUGUGAAGAGUGCUGACCUCUAUUGUGUAUAGUUGUAAAACUCCCAGGGAGGCAGGAUUGAUUCAGGUUGAGUAGAUCCAUUAA